CACAGGAAACUCUCGCUUUCCCUCUCCUGCACCCUCUCCCUCGCUCUCUUCCUUCACUGUAUAUAAGUAUGGUGGGUGGAUUGUGUGUCAGACAGAGUAAAGGAAUGCCAGAGUGUGGGACAGAUGGAGAGGGGCACAAUCCCUGUGCCUCCCCCUGGAUUGGCUGAUAGUGAUGGUCGCCAUACGGAAUCUACAGAUGAUUGACGACCCCUUCAGUUGAACCAAGCCCCAGGAUGAUCAUGUUGCCCGUCAGCGGUGGCCACUAUCACCACGUCGUGCCUGUGGCUUGUGCCCUCACCUGCUUCUGGCUCCUGCUACUUUUUCAUGCCGUCUUUGGCCAGAAGCCCGCCAAGCUGCCCCUGGUGGGUCGCAAGCCCUUCAUUGCUGCCUGGAAUGCACCGCUGGACCUGUGCACUGUCAAGUACAAUGUCCACACCAACCUGGAGCAACUCUUCCACAUCAGUGGCAGCCCGCGGGCCAUCCGCACUGGCCAGAAUGUCACCAUUUUCUAUGCCAAUCGGCUGGGCCUCUACCCUUUUUACACGGACCAGGGCGUCCCCAUCAAUGGAGGCCUCCCCCAGAACUGCAGCCUGGAGGCCCACCUCCUCAAGACGUACAAGGACAUCGUCCAUUUUAUCCCCACGGAGGACUUUGCUGGACUGGCAGUCAUCGACUGGGAGUAUUGGCGGCCUCAGUGGAACCGCAACUGGCACAAGAAGGACAUCUACCGAUGCAAGUCCCGGGAGAUGAUCGCACAGGCCUAUGUCAACGUGACUCCAUCACAAAUCGAGGUGCUGGCACGAAAACGCUUUGAGAGGAGUGGCCAGGCAUUCAUGCAGAGGACAGUCCAGCUAGGGACGCGCCUUCGCCCCAAUGGACUCUGGGGCUUCUACCUCUACCCAGACUGCCACAACUACAACCUGCAUGAGCACAACUACACAGGCUCCUGCCCCCUGCUAGAGAGCCUGCGUAACGACGAGCUGCUCUGGUUGUGGAAUAGCAGCACAGCAUUGUUCCCCUCAGUGGCUAUCAGGAAGAGUCAAAAAGAUAGUGUCAGCAACCUCCAUUUCUCCCAGUUCAGGGUGCUGGAGUCUCUGAGGAUAGCUGGGCUUACCUCGCACGACUUUGAGCUGCCCACAUUUGUGUACACACGCCUAGGGUACAGGGAUGAGGCUAUGGCCUUCCUCACCACGACCGACUUGAUCCACACCAUUGGUGAGAGUGCUGCUUUGGGGGCUGCAGGUUUUGUGAUCUGGGGAGACCUCAACCUCACUUCAUCCAAACACAACUGCACAAAGGUAAAGUCCUUCAUCAAACACCGUCUGGGUCAAUACAUCACCAAUGUGACACGGGCCGCAGAGGUCUGCAGUGACUUCCUGUGCCAGAGCAAUGGCCGCUGUGUCCGCAGGGACCUCCACGCCCCGUACUACCUCCACCUGAGCGGAGACAGCUACCACAUUCAGCCCUCGGGGGACGGGGACUUUGCGGUCACGGGCAAGCACUCGCUGCGUGAGCUCCAACUACUGGCCAAGAGAUUCCACUGUCACUGCUAUGAGGGACACGCCGGGGAGAAGUGUGAUAGCCUGAACAAGGUGGUGGCAGAAGAGGAGGAAGAGGAGGGGGGAGAGUUGGAGGAGGGGGGAGAGGCGGAGGAUGGGGAGAAGGAGCAGAGGGAAAGUGCCACUCCACAAACUGGGAACAGCUUUAGCUUGGUGGUGUUGCUCCUUCUAUUGAAUGUCUCCUUUGUGUGACUGUGGUAUGAUAAUAUCACUAAGUGUCUUGUGUUGUUUGGGGUAGGGGAGACAGAGCUUGAAGUCACUUCCAUGGGAACUGCUAUUACGUAAUGCUGUGCUGUCGUCCUACAGUGUCCUGUAUUAUAGUGGGUAACGCUUUACUUGAAGGGUACCUGCAUAAUGACUACAUGACACAUCCAUAACUCAUACACACUUCAUUUGUAAAGUCUGAUUAUACAGUGCCUUGCGAAAGUAUUCGGCCCCCUUGAACUUUGCGACCUUUUGCCACAUUUCAGGCUUCAAACAUAAAGAUAUAAAACUGUAUUUUUUUGUGAAGAAUCAACAACAAGUGGGACACAAUCAUGAAGUGGAACAACAUUUAUUGGAUAUUUCAAACUUUUUUAACAAAUCCAAAACUGAAAAAUUGGGCGUGCAAAAUUAUUCAGCCCCUUUACUUUCAGUGCAGCAAACUCUCUCCAGAAGUUCAGUGAGGAUCUCUGAAGGAUCCAAUGUUGACCUAAAUGACUAAUGAUGAUAAAUAUAAUCCACCUGUGUGUAAUCAAGUCUCCGUAUAAAUGCACCUGCACUGUGAUAGUCUCAGAGGUCCGUUAAAAGCGCAGAGAGCAUCAUGAAGAACAAGGAACACACCAGGCAGGUCCGAGAUACUGUUGUGAAGAUGGAGGUUGACAGUUGUUUCUUUCCCACACCUUUUUGCAAACAUUGGUGUUCAAGCAAAGUCAUAUUCAGACGGAACAUCUCAUCGAUUCACCGUUCAAAAAUAAUCCCAAACCUUACUUAUUACUCUGACAUUGAAGCUUGAAGUGCAGAUAGAAAGUGGGUCACCAGCAAUUGAAGAGACAAUGUAUUUAAUCUCAUCACCCUUUGCCUUUCCUCCUUAGUACUUUGUCAAUACUAAUUAGGACACUUAGAAGCUAUUUUUUUUUCAACAUCAAAUUCAGUGUCUUCUACCCAGGUUACUCUUGAAAUGUGUGUUAAACUGUGUAAAAUGAUUUAUGUACAAUUUUCAUACUAAACUGGAAUGUAAAACCAUUAUGUCACAUAUGGACAAUAUUUUAUUUGAAUGGAAAGAAUAGAAAUGUUUAAAAUCUUGCAAGUUUUGUUCAUGUUGUUGUUUACCCAAUGCACGAUGGCACUGUACAAUGUACUCCAAAUGUUCUUUCCAAGGGCUAGUCUUAUAACUGAUGUCGCAGCAAUAUAAAGCAAGUUUCUUUGUGGAUGCUUUACUUUUUGUUGAUGUUUAAUGUGUAUGGAUAAGCGGUUCAUAUACAGUUGAAGUCGGUUAGGAUCACCACUUUAUUUUAAGAAUGUGAAAUGUCAGAAUAAUAGUAGAGAAUGUGUUAUUUCAGCUUUUAUUUCUUUCAUCACCUUCCCAGUGGGUCAGACGUUUACAUACUCUCAAUUAGCAUUUGGUAGCAUUGCAUUUAAAUUGCUUCCUCCUGACAGAACUGGUGUAACUGAGUCAGAUUUGUAGGCCUCCGUGCUCGCACACAUUUUUUCAGUUCUGCCCAUACAUGUUCUAUAGGUUUGAGGUCAGGGUUUUUUGAUGGCCACUCCAAUACCAUGACUUUGUUGUCCUUAAGUCAUUUUGCCACAACUUUGGAAGUAUGCUUGGCGUAAUUGUCCAUUUGAAAGACACAUUUGCAACCAAGCUUUAACUUCCUGACUGAUGUCUUGAGAUGUUGCUUCAAUAUAGCCACAAUUUCCCUCCCUAAUGAUGCCAUCUAUUUUGUGAAGUGCACCAGUCCCUCCUGCAGCAAAGCAUCCCCACAACAUGAUGCUGCCACCCCUGUGCUUCACAGUUGGGAUGCUGUUCUUCGGCUUGCAAGCCUCCCCCUUUUUUCCUCCAAACAUAACGAUGGUCAAUAUGGCCAAACGGUUCUAUUUUUGUUUCAUCAGACCAGAGGACAUUUCUCCAAAAAGUAUGAUCUUUGUCCCAAUGUGCAGUUGCAAACUGUAGUCUGGCUGUUUUUAUGGCAGUUUUGGAGCAGUGGCUUCAUCCUUGCUGAGCAGCCUUUCAGGUUAUGUCAAUAUAGGACUCGUUUUACUGUGGAUAUAGAUACUUUUGUGCCUGUUCCCUCCAUCUUCACAAGGUCCUUUGCUGUUGUUCUGGGUUUGAUUUGCACUUUUUGUACCAAAGUACUUUCAUCACUAGGAGACAGAACAGGUUAUGUCAAAAUAGGACUAAUUUUACUGUGGAUAUAGAUAAUUUUAUACCUGUUUCCUCCAGCAUCUUCAUAAGGUCCAUUUGCUGUUGUUCUGGGAUUGAUUUGCACUUUUCGCACCAAAGUAUGUUCAUCUCUAGGAGACAGAACACGUCUCCUUCUUGAGCGGUAUGACGGCUGUGUGGUCCCAUGGUGUUUAUACUUGCGUACUAUUGUUUGUACAGAUGAACGUGGUACCUUCAGGCAUUUGGAAAUUGCUCCCAAGGAUGAACCAGACUUGGGGAGGUCUACAAUUUAUUUCUGAGGUCUUGGCUGAUUUCUUUUGAUUUUCCCAUGAUGUCAAGACACUGAGUUCCAAGGUAGGCCUUGAAAUACAUCCACAUGUACACCUUCAAUUGACUCAAAUGGUCAAUUAGACUAUCAGAAGCUUCUAAAGUCAUGAUGUUUUCUGGACUUUUCUAAGCUGUUUAAAGGCAGUCAACUUAGUGUAUGUAAACUUCUGACCCACUGGAAUUGGGAUACAGUGAGUUAUACGUGAAAUAAUCUGUCUCUGAACCAUUGUUGGAAAAAUUACUUGUGUCAUGCACAAAGUAGAUGUCCUAACCAACUUGCCAAAACUAUAGUUUGUUAACAAGAAAUCUGUGGAGUGGUUGAAACACUUAGGUUGGAAUCAUUAAAACUAAAAAAAUCUGUCAUUCUGCUCCUGAACAAGGCAUUUAACCCACUGUUCCCCAGUAGGCCGUCAUUGUAAAUAAGAAUCUGUUCUUAACUGACUUGCCUUGUUAAUUCAGGGUUAACUAAAAAAAAAUAUAUAUAUAUAUAUAUAAUUACUAAGUGUAUUAAGUGAAGUGAUUGAUGGUGGCUCAAGGUAAUUUACUCAUCUCAGCCAAGUUGCAAUUUUUUUUUUUUUUUUUUUUUUUUUUUUAAGAUUCCAAGAUAGUAAAACAAAGACACAAGCACUAUGCAACAUGUGAAGUGUUGAUUGAAUGUAAAUGUACUGCAAAAAAAAUGCAUACAAAUGGUACACUUCAUUUUAUUAAGGGGCACAUAUUAGAAACUAAUUUGUAGUUUGUAAGUGUGUAAAUUCCUAAUAAGGUUGUU